GCUCGAGGUGCAUCCACAAAACCACACCACCGUACAGGUUCGUACAAGUUCUAAGCGUGUCCCCUCGACGUACACAGUGUGUGUUGUUUUCAAUUUAAACUCAAAACAUAACCUCACACUCACUCACACCACCAAAUACAAGAGCAGGGAACGCACACUAGCGAGCGUGCAAAGAGGCUCGUUUUCCCCGCGCUUUUUUUCAUCGUCGUCGUUGAUCCCUUCUAGACCUUUUACAGAACGAGGGAGCGUUCAGUUUCGUACCAGCGUUCGAGGCAAGCAGUCGUGUUUUGAACAAGCUCUGUUCCCCCUCGAUUAGAAGUUUCGUCCAGCAGUUUGAGAUAUCGAGAGCUACGCAAGUUUAGUAUAAACAACAGUGCGCUGGUUUACGCGAUUUCUACGUGAUUUGAGAAUCUAUCAGAAGAAGUCAAGCUAGAAGUUCAGCAAAAAUGGCCAUCGCGUUCUACAUCCCUGCGAUUGACGACGAAGUCGAGCGUCAACAUCAGCUUCAGCUGCAGCAGCAGUACCAACAGUAUCAGCAACAGUCACCACCGCCAACGCCCACAUCACCGACGGAGUCGAUUCCGCCAACUCCACCGCAUACUCCGACGAUGACCCAGGUUAGCAUCCACCACAACCGGUACCACCUGGUCCAGGCGUUCCACGAGAUUCUGUUCCGGCAUGCCCAAGAAAAUUCCCCGACGCGAACUCGCUGUCUGCUGUGCAACAAGCUGUACUACCUGCUCCGCAAAGUGUAUUGAGUCAGUUACAACUGACGCAAGUGUUCCCAAGAUUUAAUUCGACAAACUUAGAAAAACAAAUCUUUGUGUUCAUCAAAUUAUCAACAUCCUCCUGAAAGCUCGCACUCCGAGGCAAUAAAGUGAAAUUUAUUUGCGCUUGGAUGGGGCGAGCGAAAAAAAACUUGAAGAUUCGGUGCGACCUGGGAUUCUCCGAACAAGGACUAGGACUGGUCGUGCCGACCAAAAGGAUUCUUCAUGAUUCAGAAGAAAGUUGUGAUUCUGGCAUUUGGAAUCAUCAGCUAGAUCUUGAGGAACCAACCAGUACCUGUGCAGGGUGGUUUUGUACCGCAGCUUGGUACGAACUAUGCAACAGAUUCACCAUAGUGUGACGGAAAGAAAAUGUAGUGAAUGUUAGUGCUUUUAAAAGGGAUACAGUAGUAAUCAAUAAACUUAGAUUAAUUAAAA